AUGAAGGAGGAGAACUUUCUUCGUCGCAGGUUCUCCCUCUGUCCAGCCUCGUCCACCCCUCAGAAGGCUGAUCCUCGCAAGCUGACACGCAAUCUAUUCUUUGGAGCUGACAAUGACAUCUACCCACUCAGCCCAGGAAAAGACGUGGAAGGAAACAGCCCGUCAGUGCUGAAGGAUGAGAUACCACAGACUCCAAACUCCAUUAAUAAGGUACUGUGGGAUAGGGAUCCAUCCCCAAUCGAAUAUAAGCUUUGCAAUGGGUCUGACAAAGAGUGUGUGUCUCCCACGGCCAAAUUCAUGAAGAAAGAAACACUAAAGGUACAAAAAAAAAAUUACAGACAGGAGAAGAAAAGAGCAACCAAACAACUCUUCAGUGCUCUAAAGGAUCCCAGUGUAGUGAUCACAGCAGACUGGCUGAAGAUUCGUGGGACUCUGAAGAGUUGGACCAAGCUGUGGUGUGUUCUGAAACCAGGAGUGCUGCUGAUUUAUAAAACGCCAAAGAUCGGACAGUGGGUUGGGACAAUCUUGCUCCAUUCUUGUGAGCUGAUUGAGAGACCCUCCAAAAAGGAUGGCUUCUGUUUUAAACUUUUUCAUCCUUUGGACCAAUCAAUCUGGGCUGUAAAGGGCCCAAAGGGAGAAAAUGUUGGUUCGAUCACUCAGCCUCUUCCCAGCAGCUACUUGAUUUUCAGAGCAGCCUCCGAAUCGGAUGGCCGAUGCUGGCUGGAUGCUUUGGAACUUGCCCUGCGUUGCUCCAGCCUCUUCCGGCUCAGUGCCUCAAAGCAGGGAAAGGAUGGAGAAAUGAACUGCUCGAGCGAUUCUGCGCAUGCAGGGCUCAACCACCUCUUGCAUACAAGCACUAUCUCAGACCAGGAGUUCUUCCAUUUGAAUGAAUCAGCCCUGGAGAACCACCACCAUUUGGAAAAUGAUGCUUUUUCGGACAAGUCUGAGAGAGACAAUGUAGAAGAGUCGGAGAACGAAACACAUGAGAACAGCCGGAAGACAAACGAAAGUGAGAGCGAUCAGUCAGAAAUCCAUGGAGAGGUCUCUCCAGGAAGGAAAGGGACGACUUAUAUUGAGCAGAUCUAUGAGGAAUUUGGGGAGACAGGUGAAUCGUCUCAAACAGAAACUGUCUCUGAGGAGAACAAGAGCCUGAUGUGGAUCCUAAAAAAACAGCUGCGGCCUGGCAUGGACCUGUCACGGGUGGUGCUGCCCACCUUCAUCCUGGAGCCACGCUCAUUCCUUAACAAACUCUCUGAUUACUACUACCAUGCUGACCUGCUUUCCCAGGCUGUCCUUGAAGAUGAUCCAUACAGUCGAAUGAAGCAAGUUUUGAGGUGGUAUCUGUCCGGCUUCUAUAAGAAGCCAAAGGGAAUAAAAAAGCCAUACAACCCUAUUCUGGGAGAGACGUUUCGCUGCUGUUGGUUUCACCCUCAGACAAACAGUCACACAUUUUACAUAGCAGAACAGGUCUCCCAUCAUCCGCCAGUGUCAGCUUUUCAUGUCAGCAAUAGGAAGGACGGAUUCUGCAUUACUGGCAGCGUUCUAGCUAGGUCCAAGUUUUAUGGUAACUCACUUUCUGCACUGUUGGAUGGGAAAGCAAAGCUUAUGUUUCUAAACAGGGGAGAAGAUUAUGUAAUUACUAUGCCAUACGCCCACUGUAAAGGACUUUUAUACGGUACCAUGACAAUGGAGCUUGGAGGGAAAGUUACCAUCGACUGUGAAAAAACCAACCACAGGGCAGAACUGGAAUUCAAGCUGAAGCCCUUCUUUGGUGGCAGCGCAAGCAUUAAUCAAAUCUCUGGGAAGAUUAAAUCAGGAGAAGAAGUGUUAGCAAGUCUCAACGGACACUGGGAUGGGGAAGUACAUAUAAAUGAGUUGAAAAACGGGAAUGCGGAAAUGUUCUGGAACCCAACCAGUGAAGUACGAAGGCAGAGACUGAAGCGCCACAUUGUGCUGUUUGAGGAGCAGACAGACUUUGAGUCAGAGAGGCUUUGGCAGCACGUUACCAGUGCAAUAAACAAAGGUGAUCAACACAAGGCGACGCAGGAAAAAUUUGUGCUGGAGGAAGAGCAGAGGAAUGCUGCCCGGGAGCGGAGAGAGAAUGGCACAGAAUGGAAACCGCUGCUCUUCCAGCACGACGCCACAACUAACGAAUGGCGCUACAAAUAUGAGGAUUUAAGACCUUGGGAUCCUUUGAAUGACAUUGCCCAAUUCGAGAAGAAUGGGAUACUUCAGACCAUGGAAAGACACUUAUCCACAAGGAUGUCAAACCACAAAACAACAUGCAUAAACAAUCAAAUUACACGGCACAAGAGAUCUGCCAAAGACUGCAGGCGCCGCAAAACCAGCGAUCAGCCGUCCAACCACAGCCAGAAUACAGAGAGCAGCUGUUCAACACCAGAGUCGGUGCAGGAGCUCUCAGAUGAUGAUGGCAAAGAUGGUGAUGCAAAACAUAAUGUCCUUCAAUACUUUGCUGCAGGGUUUGAAAAUCUGUGUGCUCAGUGUGGAAAAGAAAUGAAUCAUCUGAAGGAAAUUCAUUCAGCUGUUUUAUCCCUACAGAGAGCCCAACAGGACAUACACAGAAACCUCAGUGCUCUGAACAAAAAGUCCUUCCACAGGAAGGUCUCUUCUGAAAGCUUCCUCCUGGACUCUCGCUGUUGGUUUCUCCUCUGCAUCUUUCUUACGUGUCAGCUAUUCAUUAAUUAUGUCUUCAAAUAAAAUCACUACGUUUGGCAGCAAUAACGAUUACUGGCUGCAGGAGGGGAGCCACUCACGCAAGGAGCCCAGUGAGGCACCAAAGCACUUUAGAACCAACGCAACAGAGGUGGAAGAAAGUUGAAAAACGAGGUUAAAAAGGGACCUAGGAACCUGCAAAACUUUGUUCCUGCGGAUUAUGUCAUUUUUGCCUUUUACAUGUACAUCUUCAAGGACCUCUUAACCUGUAUGGGCCUUAAUGCUGAAGCCAAAUGUAGCUUUAAUUGUGCAAUUUGUUUUCUAUAUCUUGUCAUUUUCUGAUGCAAUUAAUAAUUACUCAGCAGUAUUGGUACCCCCAAAAUGGUAAACACCCCAGCAUUUUGGAAAGGUCACACCGGUGUGGUUCAUAGCUCUGCGAGUGUGGGAGUGCAGUUGGGGAGCUGUAAAGGACUGAUGUCCAUGGUGCCUGUCCGCCUGCAUUUAAUUAUGGAAGGGUGCACACUUGGUCCAAAAAACCCACCCCCAGGAUAUUAAGUCAUGAUCUGUUUUGUCAGCACACACAGAAUGGGACCUCAGGAUGUGUUUUAUUUUCCAUUCCACAGGAACUGUAAAUAUGCACAAUUUCCUAGAGCCCUUCCUCUUUAGGAAAUGGGAAGUAUUCAGUGAAAGCUCCUCGUUUGGUUACGGAGCAGUCCUGGUCCGGGCCCAUUGAGUGUAACAUCAGACACGCCUGUUCAUAAAACCUGGUCACUUAUUGUUAUUAUUUGCUGUAUAGCUGUUUCAUAAUAUCACACACUAGCACUGUAGAGAGGAAUCCACUGCCCCAGGAUAGGUGAGAGGGACGGGAGCAAUAUAGGUGUACGUGUGUUCAGUCGUAGGCACAUUUAUUGUCAAAGGUCAGGAAGGAAGAAGGGUUUUGCCACUGCUUCAUUCAACUCUGUUAAUAGUCUUCCUAUUUUACACCAUUUUUUAAAGAUUUGCAAUAUUUUCUGUAGACUGCGGACAAUACUAAGCCUUUCUUUUCUGGCCUGAAGUAGUUCCAAGUGGUAAGUACUGCUAUAUAUACAGCCUUAAAAUACUUAGUGGUGACGCCAGUCUGGGCUAUCUUUCAAUGUAAAUGUUUCCAAAUUUUUAAGUACAUUCCUUGUCAUAUUCCCCAGUUAGGGGAAACCUAUUUGUGCUUGAUAUGUUGAAAUAAAACUACACACAA